CGCCCAAAGUCGUAGCGUUGUGCAUCUCCCUACUCAUCUCUAGUACGAAAGAAUUACACUUCUCCGACCCCUGGCAGAUAAACAGUGAAGUCUCUUGUUGUGCAAUAAUCUCUGUCAGUACGGCAAAAGACGAUAAUUCAAUUUCACUCUGCUAGUCAAAUUUUGUGAUCGUGAAGGCUAAAAUUAAUCGAAUCGAAAAAUUCGUCGUAGUACUCGGUAUAAUGUUACCGUUUAUAGUAUAUGCGUCGUAGUUAAACUCGACGUAAGUAAAUCCAAUUUCUAGAAGCUACGUCAUAGCCGGCAUUAAACAGUCAAAUCACUUACGUGUUGUUUCGAACAUCCGUUUGUCGCGAAAUAAUGAAAAUCAUCUGCUAGUACUUGCGCAAUUGAGGAUACUGAAUUUUAGGGCAGUGAACCAAAUUUUUGCAAGUGCGUGUCGACACAAUAAUUUAUAUUGUCGAUUAUAAAAAAUUCAACUGUGGUGGCGUUAAAGCAAAAAGACUAACAGAAUGAGUACAGCAGAAGAGCAACCUGGACCCUCUAAACCUUCUGGGUCGGCAACAGAUGAAAAGGAAAGAGAUGAUCGGACGUUUGAAUGCAACAUUUGUCUUGACACAGCCAAAGAUGCAGUUGUUAGUAUGUGCGGCCACUUGUUUUGCUGGCCAUGUCUUCACAAAUGGUUAGAAACAAGACCCACUCGACAAGUUUGUCCAGUUUGCAAAGCUGCUAUCAGUAAAGAUAAAGUUAUUCCCUUAUAUGGACGUGGUGCGACAAAACAGGAAGACCCUAGAAACAAUGUACCUCCUCGACCUGCUGGACAAAGAACAGAACCAGAAACUAGUACUGGGUUUCCUGGAUUUGGUUUUGGCGAUGGUGGAUUUCAUAUGUCCUUUGGUAUCGGAGCGUUUCCCUUUGGAUUUUUUACUUCAACUUUUAAUUUUGGAGAAACGCGGCCAAGCCCAGCUCCACGUGGAACUCCCCAAUUCGAGGAGGAACAGUUCCUCUCAAAGGUAUUCCUUUGGGUGGCAUUAUUGUUUAUCUGCUGGCUCGUACUGGCAUAACAUUACUCCUAAAUCAAGUUUCUACAGUCUUGUAAAACCCAUCCAAAAUGAUCCAAAAUGAUCCUGGUGUCUUGUAACAAUACACUGACAUUUCUCCUUUCGUCUAAUGAAUAAUCCUUGUUAAUUAAUGCUUGAAGCCUGCUUGGAUAAUUGGUAGCGAUUUAAAAAUCUAAGAAAAUCUCCUUUCAGUCAUACAGUUGCCCUCAAAAAUGAUUAAUAACUCAUUGAUUACUCACAUAUUAAAUCACCAAAAAAUUGAUACCUAACUUUCCAAUAUUGUUUGUUCCCUUUUAUUAAAAAAAUUUGUUAAAUUUUUUCCACAAUCCAAGCAGGGAUUCACGGAGACAGACGUAAUAGAUGUUUUAGCAGUUCGUCGGUAUUUUUCAAAUUUCAGAACAAUUUCUAUUAUGUGUAUAUAUGAAGUAUAUAUACAUUUGCAGUGUCUAUGGAAGCUAUUCUAUAGUUAUGGGGGAAACGUGUACACAUAUAUGUAUGAGGGUUUGAAUUUAAAAAUAUUACUUUACAUUUUCACAAAAUAUGAAGAAGAAAGUCUAUUGGGUUGUAAUCGGACGUCUGAUAAAUUAUAAAGGCUUGAAAAGUGUAUAUAAUUUAGAUAUUAAGCUAGGUUUAUGUUUCAAAUAUAAAUGAAUUUUAUCGACUUAAGCAUAAAUGUGUAUAUGUAGUCUACAUUAUAUAACAAUAAUACUGUAACAUAGUAUGGUAAUUAAGUAUACAAUACUACAAUUGUGAACAACAGUUGUGAAAUUUGUGUAGCGCGUAAUUUUAUUUAACUUGCAAAAAUGAACGUUUAUUUGUACAAUGGAUAGACAAUAGUGAAAGAAUAUAAACGAACGUCAUUCGUCGCCAUUAAAUUAUAUUUUCAAUCAAAAUUAAUCCUUUAGCUUCUCAAGUAUUGAAAUUAUAUAAACCAAAAACAUAACGUUGACUUCAGUUAUUGGAGCUGAAAGGAUUAACAACUUUAUCAUUAAUAGCACAGUUUUAAUGCAAUUUACAAAAAGCAAAAUUUGUAUACUGUUUAAUCACCAUAAGAAAAUAUUACAUUCAUGAAAGAUUUCUUCUGGAACUGAUAUAGAUAAAUUUUUCACUAUCAGAAUAAAUUGAGACGAAUAUUAUUACUUUUAAAAUUCCAAAAGAUAUUUUUCUGUUUUUACUAAGUGGCACUAUAGACGGAGAACGAAAUAGAGAUUGGAUAUUAUAAAACGUAAUUAUUUAAUUCUCUUUAUUAACAAUUUAAGGGAUGACUCUUGCGUACUUUAAAAUCGCAUACCCCAAUUAUCUUUACAUUCCACAUUACAUUUUGCUGCAAAUUGGCAUGUCAUCUAAAUACGCAAUGCAGUAUUGCAAUUUGAAUAAUGACAAAAAAAUACGCCGGGCGUAUUUGGCACGCAGCCAAUAAAGACUGUUUAUAAUUGCAAAACUGCAUGGAGUAUUUUCAAGGUUGAAUAUUGUAAUAGUGACGAUUAAAACAAAUAAUAAAUUUCAUUUACUAUA